AACAAAAAUAUUUGUUUACUACUAUCGAUAUAUAUUGGCAGACAACUUUGCGCUCUGCAACAUUUAUCCCAGCACAAUGCUUAGCAACAUUUGAGCAAUGCUGGGUAACGCGAAAAAUACAUAAAGAGUAAGACGAACUGAAAACAACUAGACGCAAAACGCAAAAGAAAUAGUUCUGACAUUUAUCAGCAAAUCCUUGCAGAAUAAAAAAUAAUAAUAAGAAAUGGGAAAGAAGAACAAAUAUAAGAAAGACGAAAAAGAAGCUGCAGCGCCAGCUCCUCAACAACGGCAGCAACAACAAACUGCAGCUCCCGCACCUUCAACAAGCGCUGCGGCUAGGGAGAAUACGUCAAGGUUGCAGGCUGGCGACGAUGGCGUACCUGCGACUCAGCGGCCGCAGCAGCGUUCUGAAAGCCAAAACCCACAAGGAGAGUGGCAACGUUCACAGGGUGGACAACAGCGUGCUCCACAACAACAACAACAAUACAGACCACAACAGCAAGGAGGACAGCAACGCCAAACAGGUUACAAGCAGGGUGAACAACCAAGGAAUCAACAGGGAGAAUCAGGCGGUCAGCAGGGCGGUUAUCAACAACGUGGCCCAUCGUCUGGUCCACAGGGCGGCGGUCAGCAGGGCGGUUAUCAACAACGUGGCCCAUCGUCUGGUCCACAGGGCGGCGGUCAGCAGGGCGGCUAUCAACAACGUGGCCCAUCGUCUGGUCCACAGGGCGGCGGUCAGCAGGGCGGUUACCAACAACGUGGCCCAUCGUCUGGCCCACAAGGCGGUGCACAGGGCGGCAGUCAGCAAGGCGGUUACCAACAACGUGGCCCACCAGGGCCUCAGCAGGGUGGCUAUCAGCAGCGCGGCCCACAAGGCCCUCAGCAGAGUGGCUAUCAGCAGCGUGGCCCACAAGGUCCUCAACAGGGUGGUUAUCAGCAGCGCCCUCCACUACAAGCUCAGCGAACGCAAGGCGGUUCCUUGCCCCCGCAAUUGCCCUAUACAGGGAACGUUAAGCGUGGCACCAUUGGAAUUGCCGGUAGAGUGGGUGUCAAUUAUUUGGAUGUGGACAUGAGUAAGAUGCCCGCGAUAGUAUAUCAUUAUGAUGUGACCAUUGUGCCGGAACGUCCGAAGAAAUUUUAUCGCAAAGCAUUCGAAGUGUUUCGCGGAAAACAUUUGGAGAACGGUAUUGCUGCCUUCGAUGGACGCAAAUGCUGUUAUUCUGUCGACAAGCUACCCAAUGUCACUGGCGAAGUGGAGGUCAUUGAUCCUCAUGGUCGACCCGUUCGCUACACCUUGACCCUCAAGGAUACGGACAACUCUGUGCUGGAGCUCAGCUCACUUCACAGCUAUAUGAACGACAAGAUCUAUGACAAGCCAAUGCGUGCGCUGCAAUGUCUGGAGGUAGUUCUUGCCUCACCCUGUCAUUCACGAUCCAUACGAGCCGGGCGCUCCUAUUUCAAAAACUCUGGCAACGGCGAACGACGCGAUCUAGGAGACGGCUAUGAGGCAUUGGUUGGCCUUUACCAGAGCUUUGUGUUGGGCGAUAAACCAUUCGUAAAUGUCGAUGUAUCGCACAAGUCGUUCCCAAUGGCAAUGUCAAUGAUUGAGUAUUUAGAGCGCUAUGGACUGCAGUCGGCCAUAACACCAGCGACUACGCUUAAUAAUACGUGGCGCAUAAUGCCCUUUAUAAAGGGCAUUAAUGUGGUGUACGAACCGCCGAAAUGCUUUGGGAGCGCACCUCGCGUAUAUAAGGUGAACGGCUUGUCAGACAAACCGGCGAACGAGCAGAAAUUUCAAUUGGAAGGUGAAGUUAAGACCGUGGAUCAAUACUUCCGUUCCCGGAAUUAUACUUUGCGGUUUCCCAAGCUGCAGUGCCUCCACGUUGGGCCACCAGCAAAGAACAUUUUCUUGCCCAUUGAGCUGUGCCGCAUUGAGGAGGGCCAAGCUCUAAAUCGCAAAGAUGGCACAAAUCAAGUCUCGGAAAUGAUCAAAUUUGCGGCCACAUCGACUAAUGAACGCAAAGCUAAGAUAAUGGAUUUAUUGGCAUACUUUAAACACAAUAAUGAUCCCGUUAUUAGCCGAUUUGGUAUACACAUUGCUAGCGAUUUCAUCACGGUAAGCACACGGCUCCUGCCUGCACCGCAACUGGAGUACAAGAAUAAAAAUUUUGCAAGACCAUUUAACGGAUCGUGGCGCAUGGAUAACUUACAAUUUCUGGUCGCUAAGCCAAAACCCCACAGAUGGGCCAUACUCCAUUUCGAGGGCGCACGCAUGCAUUACAACAAGGUUGCCGAAUUACAGGAUUUGGUGCUACAACAAGCCAAGUAUGUCAACGUAUGCCUGGAGCCCAAGGCUGACAUACGCACUUUUAGAGACGAGCGAAAUUUAGAUGUGCAUUUUAAGGAUCUUAAGGACCACCAAUACGACCUGGUCUUUGUCAUCUUACCAUCGCGUGGUCCCACCUAUGACAUCAUUAAACAGAAAGCCGAACUUCAAUAUGGCAUAUUGACGCAGUGCAUCAAGCAAAACAAUGUGGAACGUCGCCUGAACGGACAAUUAGUUGGCAACAUUUUGUUAAAGGUCAAUUCCAAGCUGAACGGUAUCAAUCACAAGCUCAAGGACGAUCCACGCACUAUGCUAGCGAACGUCAUGUAUUUGGGUGCGGAUGUGACACAUCCUUCACCCGAUCAACGUGACAUACCCAGUGUAGUGGGCGUGGCUGCAUCGCACGACAUUCAUGGCGGUUCAUACAAUAUGCAAUAUAGAUUGCAAUGCGGCGGCGGUGGCGGCGCCCGAGAAGAAAUCGAAGAUAUGGAAUCCAUUGUAACCGAACAUUUGCGUGUCUAUCAGCAGUACCAGAAGCGCUAUCCGGAUCACAUUAUAUAUUAUCGGGAUGGUGUUAGCGAUGGGCAGUUUUUGAAAAUUCAGAAUAUCGAGUUAAAGGGUAUCUAUGUGGCCUGUACCAAGCUGGGCAUCAAGCCAAAAAUGUGCUGUGUUAUUGUGGUGAAGCGCCAUCACACACGCUUCUUUCCAGAGGGAAUGCCGUCGAAUCCGAGAAAUAAUAAGUUCAACAAUGUUGAGCCAGGCACUGUGGUGGAUCGCACCAUUGUGCAUCCGAACGAGAUGCAAUUCUUUAUGGUUAGCCAUCAGUCCAUACAGGGCACCGCUAAGCCCACACGCUACAAUGUUAUUGAGAACACUGGCAAUUUGGAUAUUGAUCUAUUGCAACAAUUGACUUACAAUUUAUGCCACAUGUUUCCACGCUGCAAUCGUUCCGUUUCGUAUCCAGCUCCAGCCUAUUUGGCUCACUUGGCUGCAGCACGUGGACGUGUUUAUAUUACUGGAACCCGGCUGUCCCGUUCGCCGAAUGAAGAGUAUCAGCGCCGGAUGAUUGUGCCGGCCUUUUCGAGAAGUAAUCCCAUGUAUUUCGUUUAGAAAUUUACUAUCAAGAACUUAUCCCUUAUAAUACCAUUAAUACCACUAACCAAAACACCCGUCUUCAUUAUUAUUACGUUUAUUGGAUUUUUGAUUUUAUCACAUUUUUUAAACUACAUAUAUAUUAAACGAUUAUUAAUGCCGAUUCCCAGCUGGUUCUACGAUACGGCUUUAUCUUA